CUACCAUUGUUUAGCCCAUUUUCGCGCUGUGUCUGUCGGCGACUGCGGAAGUACUGAGCUAGCUGAGUCGUGGUGCUUAGAAGGCAGUGGCAGUGAGUGGCAUCAGCGGUAAUAAGUGAGGGACAACAGCCGGAGAGUCGUGUCGGUUGGUAGGUCGGUUCGUUGCCGAUUAAUGCCCCACAUGUGAGUUACGUGCGGUGCUUGUUCCGCUGUGCAUUGGACGUUACAUACAGAGAGUCAGGUGUAGUUUAUUUUAGACGAAAAACUACCAGCACUACCUGAUACAGCGACCCAACGUAGAGAGGGAAAGAGAAAGAGCUGUUGUUUCGCUAGGUUAGUUCUGAACAAUUGGAUUGAUUCGCAAAUGUACGCUUGUACGGCUAACGGUUGAACGGACUGUGCAAACUGCGGAUAGUGCGUGAACUAGCAGACAACAUAUCCAAUAACUAACUACACGGUUAUUAUUGAUACAAACACCUAGUUCAGACAGACAAUUUCGGUUUGCUUUGUUGGCACUAUAAGGAGUAAGUGAUAUUGUUUUUUGUUUAUCAGUCGGCCUAGUAUUGUCGGUGCACUUACGGAUAACAGGAGAGGCAGUACAAAGGCAACUCGAUUCACUAUCGUUCACGGGCGCUAAUACAGCGAAAUAUUAAUAGGCAAAGCAAGCAAGCCAGCCGGCCAAGCCCAAACCCCGGGCGAAACGCAGAUACCAACAGCGCUGAAGUGCGUGGCAAACGACAACGGGACAGUAGGGCAUAAGCUAGACAGCAUAUAGCUUUUCUAACCAUGGCUGAUCAGCUAACUGAGGAACAGAUCGCCGAGUUCAAAGAGGCGUUUAGCCUGUUUGACAAGGACGGAGAUGGCACGAUCACGACAAAGGAGCUCGGUACGGUAAUGCGAUCUCUCGGCCAGAACCCCACUGAGGCUGAACUGCAGGACAUGAUCAACGAGGUCGACGCCGACGGCUCCGGAACGAUAGAUUUCCCUGAGUUCCUCACAAUGAUGGCAAGAAAGAUGAAGGACACCGACUCGGAGGAGGAGAUCCGAGAGGCGUUCCGCGUAUUCGACAAGGAUGGCAACGGUUUCAUUUCGGCGGCCGAGCUCAGGCACGUUAUGACCAACCUUGGCGAGAAGCUUACGGACGAGGAGGUAGAUGAGAUGAUUCGGGAGGCAGAUAUUGACGGUGAUGGUCAGGUCAACUACGAGGAGUUCGUCACCAUGAUGACGUCCAAGUAAAUAUAUGAUAAUGUUGGCUGUCUCGUGUAAUGUCGUGAGAAAGAAAGCGCGCGCGAAAGAAAGAGAGAAAGGAAUAGAAAACUAUAAAUAGCUUGUUGUUAAAGCAACGCAACAACAAGCUGUAAGCAACAAACAAUAUUUACGAAGUAUACGAUAAUGAAAGUCGACAGGGAAGCAAGCACGGAUAUAUAUGAAAACUAAGCGAAAUGACGUCGUCAUCAUCACCAGCAGCAGCAGCAGCAGCAGCAGCAGCAGCAGCAGC